UUUGGUGUAAAAUCACGAUGUGUUACACUAGAAUUAACUGAAUAUUACAUGAAACGUGGUAUGUUUAAUAAUGAAAGAUUUGAAAAUACCCUUGAAGCAAUUUUAACAACAAAGUCACUUACAGAUUGUAUAGUAUUAAAGUUAACUUGGCACCAUGCGAGCAUCUUUUUUUCUGAAUGGGAUGGUUUCAAAAUCCAAGACACAAUCACCUCAAAACCAGUCAAUAAAUUAAACAUUGAAUUAAAUAGUAGAUUAGAUGGUCCCGGUCAUAGCAAAAUCAUGUGUAAUAAUAGUGAAACACCUAAUUAUGAUAAUUAUGAUAUUGAUAAUAAUUACAAUAGCAAUGACGAUUAUAGCAAUGAUGAAAAUGAGGAAAUAACAAAUGAAGAAUCUAUUAUCAGAGAAUAG